GGUUCGAUUCUGCAAGCUAGCGCUGUCGGCACUGGCAAGAUUCCUUCCAGAAAAUCGGACAUGACGCGAAUGCUAUUUCAGUUGUUUGUUUUCGGAUUACUCUAUCUUCAUUUGGCUAUUGCUAAAAAAGAUAUGGAGCUUUAUUGUGGAGCAUGCUUAGCUUUGGUGGACGAGGUGGAAUAUGCCAUCAAUUCAGUUGAUCCCAGAGAGACCAUCGAUGUCGGGUCAUUCCGGGUUUUACCUGAUGGAUCUCAAAAACAGAUGAAGGUACCCUAUGCCACUUCAGAGGUUCAUUUAAUGGAAGUUUUAGAAACCGUCUGUGAUCAAAUGAAAGACUAUGCAUUGCACACUGACCCAGACACAGAUGAGAAAUCAUAUAUGCGAUAUAAUAAUAGAGAAAAUGAGAAAGAUAAACCAAUUACAUUAUCCAAUGUUUCGAUAAGUGCAGACGUAUCAAAGGCAUUACGAAUAGCUUGCGAAAAUAUAGUUGAGGACUACGAAGAUGACAUAAUUCAUUUAUUUACAAAUAAACAAAACAACAUACACUAUAAAUUAUGUGCUGAUUCUGCAGAAUUAUGCAAUGAUAUGGAGGACACACCACCACCAAAAGAUGAACUAUAACAACGGAGCGUCAAUUUCCACACAAUGUCUCCUUGUUGUUUCGCACAAUUUCACUAUGUCUUCACAAUAGGUUGAUUGCAAUAUAUAAAAUAAAGAUUAAAUUAGGUCACACUAGCAUAAA